AUGGCUGGCCUCACAGUCCGAAGGGCUCCUUAUAAGGACUUCUUGCAACCCGCGUUGCAACGGCGAUUUGCCUCGACGGCUAUCAUUCUUUUAACUGUUUCCUAUGCUGAGGCUCUCGCCUUGGCUCAGUGGAACUCUCUCAUCUGGCCCUGGUUUCCCCUUGGAGGCGCGGGAGUUCGAACAGCAUUCAUCUUUACCUGCGGCCUUGCGAUCCUCGUCCUCCGGAUAGCUAAUUACCAUGUCGGGCUUCGAACGAUCGGAACAGGCAGCCAAACCUUGAGAGCCAGCCUUACGAAGCUCUCAACCUACGAGACCGCAUUCUGGUACUUCUUCUCCAGCACUCUAUUCUCUCCAGUAUUUCUCUGGUCGACGCCUGAGUCAGCAAACUUGAGUUGGGUCACCUACUUCAGUGGCGAUCGGGCGAGAGUCAACGAGCGCACUCUCUUCUUGGCAAGCUAUCUUGGAUUCUGUGCUCUUAGACAGAGCAUUGUCCAUUUUACAAACGACAUUGAUCGUCUGGACCUGGGAAUCUCCCGUCAAAAUGGGACCAAGGAUCAGUCGGCUUCCCUCAAAAGGGUUAUUUUGCAGUUUCCCAGGCUUCUUGCACACUCCGUGCAAAUGGCCUUCGUAUCCUAUAUCGUCUCGUUCGUGGUAUACUUUACCGUCGUCAGGUCCAUCGCCUGGGGCUGGGCCCUGAUGUUUCUCCGCCCAUUCUAUAAUCUACCCAAGGCGAAUCUGCUCCCAUUGUCCUGGCCAGUGGACGUGUUUCUCGUCAUUCGCUGCGUCUUCGCCGGGACCUUACUCUUCUUCAUGUGGUCCGCCGCCAACAUCGCAUUCUCCAUCUUUAUGGUUCAGGAACCUCUGAAGAAUGACCAGCCUCUUACAUCUGAGUCAAAGGACCCCAAUGGCAGUCUCCUAAAUGGCUUGAAGAGCAAGAAGCCUUCUAUUCAAUUCUUCGCUAUGUGGGAGCUUUCCCGCAUUGCCGAGAGGUUUGAGCCCAGGCGCAAAGCCAUUUAUGUCGAUAUUGACCGAAAGGAGGGGCCUAUGUGGUCUCAAGUUUACGCUGUCUGUAUGGAUGUUGUCAAGAGCAUAGAUACUCGGGCUAAAGACUAUGGAAAGCCUCCAGCACCUGCUCAGCCAGCCCUAGCAGCUGUCAACCCUAGAUCACAGAUCACCAACUCCUCGCUACGUAAUGACCCUAUUUUCAACACGUCCGCUCCAAAUUCGAGAGCGGGAAAGUUCGCGACACUCAUCGACCAGGGCGCGCAUGCAUUGGGCAGCGGCGCAUCCCAUGACAGCGGCAGCUCGCCAUUGUCCAAGCUCAGUCCUAUCGCAAAGAAGACCUGGGCUCAGACUAAGGAUAGUGUUCUGACAAAGGAGCAGCAGGAUGCUGUAUCCUCGGAAGGCAUCAAAAACAACUUUCAGAGUACCACUUUACAAUUAAUUAAGUCGCUACACUGGGUUGACCUACUAUUCCGACAAGACUUCCGCACCGCAUUUACAGCUGCGGUGCUAGGCGGACCAUAUGCAGAGCCGGCAUUUUACUGUCAUGCGGUGAACGCUCUGUGUCAGUUGGCUGUUCACAGCUUGGGAGAAGACCAGUUCGGCAAUGUCCACCGAGAUGUCCCUAACAUCAUUAGGACCCUUACUUCCGUGAUCCAAAGCGUUGAGGCAUUGAAGCAACGGUUCCCCGUUCACUGGACCGACGCUGGCUCCGACAAGGACACCCCAGAAGUUGAUCAAGUUCUUGAAGCUCUGCGGACUGGCCUGGGGCAAAUUGUGGCCAGCUUCGAGCCCUUCAGCCACGAUCUGAGACUCACUCAAGGAGAUUUGCGCCAGGCUAAAGAGGCUGCAGAAAAGCCUAAGCCUGCUGCACCCCAGCCAGUAGCAGAGAAGGAAAAGGUCCCCGAAAAGACUUCUCGUCAAAUUAUUACUGAGAAGGUGACUCAGGACAUAGAGACACGGCAGCCUUCCAGACGACGACACAGUCGGCCUGAAAUGGAGCAAGUGAGGCAUAGGUAG